GGAGGUGGGGCCAGCAGGGGGCGGGUACCGGCCCCGCGCCGCCCCGGGAGGUAAAACCACAGCCCGGGGCCCCGAUUCCGAACCAGCCGGGUCAAGAUGGCGCUGGCAAGUGGGAUGCGGCUCUCGGCGCGCGCCCUGCUCCGCCCGUGGAGCCCGCUCCGGGGCAAGGCCCUCGGGUGCACGGAGCCUGCGGCCGGCGGCGGGAACGGCGCGCGGCGCUUCGGGAGCCAGCGGGUGCUGGUGGAGCCGGACCCGGCCGCAGGGGUUGCUGUGAUGAAGUUCAAGAAUCCCCCGGUGAACAGCCUCAGCCUAGAGCUGCUGACGGAGUUUGUCAUCAGCCUGGAGAAACUAGAAAACGACAAGACCUUCCGAGGCGUCAUCCUAAGUUCGGAUUGCCCUGGGGUCUUCUCAGCUGGCCUGGACCUGACAGAGAUGUGCGGGAGGAACCCAGCGCACUACGCAGAGUACUGGAAGGCUGUGCAGGAGCUGUGGCUGCGGCUCUACCUGUCCAACCUGGUGCUGAUUGCUGCCAUCAGCGGAGCCUGCCCAGCUGGGGGCUGCCUGAUCUCCCUCACCUGCGACUACCGGGUCCUGGCUGACAACCCCAAGUGCCUCAUAGGGCUGAACGAGACCCUGCUGGGCAUCAUUGCCCCCUUCUGGUUCAGAGACACCCUUGUGAACACCAUCGGGCACCGCGCCGCGGAGCGCGCUCUGCAGCUGGGGCUGCUCUUUCCGCCAGCGGAGGCCCUCCAGGUGGGCAUGGUGGACCAGGUGGUGCCUGAGGACCAGGUGCAGAGCACAGCACUCUCAGUGAUGGCCCAGUGGAUGGCCAUUCCAGACCAUGCUCGACAGCUGACCAAGAAUAUGAUGCGAAAGCCCACAGUGGACCGCCUGCUGAAACAGCGUGACACAGACAUCCAGAACUUCGUCAGCUUCAUCUCCAGAGACUCCAUCCAGAAGUCCCUGCAGAUGUACUUAGAAAAGCUCAAACAGAAAAAGGGCUGAGGGCUGCGCUGCCCACACAGGGUUUAGCCACACACGCCCUCCUGGGGGCCCUCUGGUUCCGAGGGGUUUUAAACGAGGUGUUCUCCAACUUAAAAGUACUUUCAGCUCUUUGCUUUGCUGAUCUUCUUAAAA